CAGUGAGCACCUGCCUUCUAGUAGGUACCAGGCAGGGGAGCGGGAUCUAGACACUCACUGCACACUCCCAGGUGUUUAAGGAGGCUCUGAGCUUCACACCGAGUAAAUGCAGAAGAAGGAUGAGCAUCCAGCCUGGACGCACUCGCUCUUCUUUGGGACAGACUCCACCCCUUCCCUGCUCCCCUGCUGAGUUGGCUAGGACCACUGCAGGGAACAAAACACACUUCUGGGCAGUAAACACUCCCCAAAAGCAUAUUCGGCACAGGCAGCUAUUUCUGGGGACGUAUAGGCGAGUCUAACCUCGGAACAAGCUGCAAGGUGAAAAUUCUGUGGCCAUCUGGUCUGAACCGCCCAAAGCACUCACUCCACUCUCCUCAAGAGGGUAUUGCAAGAGACAUCGAAGGCCGAGAACACGGGCUUCAAACCUGUGCCCUUGAACACCUGCUCCCCCACCCAAGCUUCCAGGGCUGUGCGGGCCGCUGAGCCAUCUGAAUUUCCUCACGUGCUCUGGAUGAUGAAGGGGGUGGACUAGGAUACCCGAGCCAGAAGUCACAUCAUGGACUGAACGCAUCAGAAUCACUGGGUGGGGAGAGUUAGUGGUUUUUUAAAGGUCAGCAUGGGAGGACGGAAGUUGGCGAGAGAUGAAGAAAGUACCUAUGGUUCCGAAGACGCCACGCAGGGCCUGCAGGAGCCCAGGCUGCGGCUCAUCCUGGUGGGGAGGACAGGAGCCGGGAAGAGCGCCACCGGGAACAGCAUCCUGGGCCAGAGGCGCUUCCUCUCCAGGCUCGGAGCCACCUCGGUGACCAGAACCUGCGAGGUGGGGAGCUGCAGGUGGGGCCGGUGGCACGUGGAAGUCAUGGACACCCCGGACCUUUUCAGCUCCCAGGUCCCCAACACAGACCCGGGCUUCGAGGAGCGCAGCCGCUGCUACCUGCUGUCGGCGCCGGGGCCGCACGUGCUGCUGCUGGUGACCCAGCUGGGCCGCUUCACGGCGCAGGACCUGCAGGCGGUGAGCGCGCUCAAGGAGCUGUUCGACGACGCGGUGCUGGCGCGCACCGUCGUGCUCUUCACGCGCAAGGAGGACCUGGCGGGGGCCUCGCUGCAGGACUUCGUGCGCGACACCGACAACCGCGCGCUGCGGGCGCUCGUGGCCGAGUGCGGGGGCCGCGUGUGCGCCUUCAACAACCGCGCGGAGGGCUGGGCGCUGGAGGCCCAGGUGCGGGAGCUGCGGGAGCUGGUGGAGCCCCUGGUGCGGUACCACCAGGGCGCCCCCUACUGCAACGACGUGUACCGCCUGGCGCAGGAGCUGGCUGCGGCGAGCCCGGAGGAGCGGCAGCGCCGGGUGGCCGAGAGCCUGGCGUGCCGCGCGCGGGCCCGGGCGCGGCGUGGGCUGCUUUCCCGGCUGCGCGCGUGGGUGGCGGCGAGGAGGUGGCGCGUGUCCGCGCUGCUGGGCGCAAUGGUCCUGCUCUACCUGGUGCUCUCCAGGCUCUGGCCCGAGGGCAUUGAUGAGUUAGGUCCUGAGUGACAGCCAAGGGGACUUUGACCCAUCGACGUAUAAGCGCAUUCAUCCCUGGUGUGUGAGCUUCCUUGGCCCGCGGGCUCUCCUUGCCUCUCUCACCUGGACAUAACCUAACAAGGACAGAGUGCUGAGAGAUCCCACCUCUCCCCAACACGUUGCCCUGUGACCUGGCCCUCCCUGAGUUCUCCCCUUACUGAAGCCAAACAACUGUUGUUGCUUCUGCCCGUUUCCCCCUGACCUCAGGCCGCCCUUCCCUGUCAUUGAAUUGUCUUGUCUCCUAAGAGCAGAUGAGCAUUUGUCCUCUCACCCCUGGUUUCCCCACGGGACCAAGGGAGAAAGCCAACACAGAGCCUCGGUCCAUACCCUUUUGUUUGAAUUAAAUGAAUAAAUGCAUGGGGCAAUCACACUGUUAAAGGAAAUCACUAUUUGUAGAUGUUUGUUCAUCUGCCUUAUAUGCCCAUUGAACAGAGCCUGUCAUUCCUAACUCCAUCUGCAAAAACCACACACCCAAAUACAGACAGACACACACAUACACACCUGGGGGGUGGAGUGUGUUCAUCAGAAGAGAGCACUCUGAAGAACAGUCCACCUGUCCCAGCAGGAGACAUCUCCCCCUGCGUCCCCAUUCAGACCCCUCCAGCAGCUUGAAUACUGACGUUUCUACAAGUCCAAGGAAACUAUAAGUAGAGACGCAGGUCCCCAGGGGCCACUGAGACCCUGCAGAAAGUUUGCUUCAAAAGAGGAGCUUCCUCACUGGCUGACACAUUCACAGGGUGAGGAUAUGCUUUUCAAGUCAGAGAUAAAUCACAAAAAUUAAGAGGUUUGGAAAUUGUUACUUCAGUCUCAAAAUAAACGAGUCUUUGUGGCUGAGCACUGGUGAUCCAGUGGGGGGCAAGUUCCUAUGCAGGGGUCCCAUGUCUGCCCCUCUGUCCCGUGUAGAUCUGGGACUCAGCUCUCUGAGUCAGAUGAAAUGAGCCAGGUUAGCCGGCGUUGUCAGUCCUAUCUGUCCACCCACACUUGCUCGGUCCCCAGCACUGCACCCUCACACACAAACUCAAGCUCAUCUCUGAUACUGCUGUGCAAUCCCAGAUCUCUUCCCUACAGUAUCCUCUGUCGCAGCCUUCACAGUCAGAGAUUCCCGGGUUACUGAUGACCUCAGGUCACUAAAGAGACACAUAAAAAAGGAAAAAUAUCUGCACCAGCUGAGCACAUAUUGGAACAAGAGGCCCACAACCAUGGGCCAUCGCGUGCAAAUCAUUGCAAAUACAGGAACACCCGUGCCAAAUGCUGAGGCUUGAAACUUCCUCCAGAAUCCUCUUCAGAUAAGACUGUGUGAAUUGUGGGAAUGAAACCGCAAGUCAGAGGGGGAUGGGGAGAAAUCUGAAUCAUGAAACAGUUUCUC